AUGACCUCCUUCCUGAGUUACUUCAACCGCAGAGAUAGUGGCAACACAACGAAACCUGCUAUCGACAAGCCUCAGCCUGUGAGAGCACUUCCUGCAUCAUGGUACACAUCCGCCGACAUGUACGAGCUUGAGCGUCGUGCUAUCUUCUCCAAGCGCUGGCUUCUUAUCACACACAAGCUUCGUCUUACCAAGCCUGGUGACUUCCUUCGCUAUGAUGUCGCUGGUUUCCAGUUCGUUCUUGCCCGUGACCGUCAGGACAACAUCAACGGUUUCCACAACAUUUGCCGACACAGAGCAUACCCCGUCGUUGAGAAGCAGGAGGGUUCAGCACGCAUCUUCGCUUGCAGAUACCACGGAUGGUCAUACGGUCUGAACGGAAAGCUCGCAAAGGCACCGAACUACCAGGAGCUCGAAGGCUUCGAUAAGGAGGCGAACGGUCUUUUGCCAAUCCACGUUCAUGUCGACAAGAAUGGUUUCGUCUGGGUGAACAUGGACGCGAAAGAGGAGCCCGAGAUUGCCUGGGAAGACAACUUUGAUGGUGUCGAUGUCCAGGAGCGCUACCAACAAUUCGACUUUGAAAACUAUCAGUUCGACCAUAAGUGGGAGAUGGAUGGUCCUUACAACUGGAAGAUUUUGGCCGACAACUACAACGAGUGUUACCACUGCCCGACGACACACCCCGACAUUCCAGCUUUGGCAGAUCUUGAGGCAUACUACGUCAACACAACAGCAAAUCACAUUCAACACGAGGUCGCAAGUCGACCGGACCAGGUUGCCGCUGGUAUGACAGUGGUGCCGACAUACUACUUCCCCAACGCCUCUGUCAACGCAACACCAAACUUCUUCUUCAUGCAAAGAUUCGUUCCUCACGCAGCUGGCAAGGCCACCAUGAGCUACGAAGUCUACCGCCACAAGAACGCCACAGACGAGGACUUCGACAAGAUCAACCAAAUGUACAAGCGCAUCAUGUCAGAAGACAAAGUACUGUGCGAUGCCGCACAAAAGAACGUCAACGCCGGUGUCUUUGUCAGCGGUCUCAUGCACCCCAGAAUGGAGAAGGGUCCUCUGUACUUCCAGAAGCUUUGCAGAGAGGCAGUGACGGAACACCAUGACUUGGAGAAGGCUGCUGGCGGCAAGAUCCACCCCGCCAGACAACAAAUGUCGCAAGCUGAGAUUCAGAGUGAGAAGGAUAUGGACUUCUGCUCUGGCUUGGCUUGUGGAGAGGAACAGCAGGAGGCAUUGGCUUGGUGA